UAUUUUAUUUGUCAACAAAACCGAACAUUGUGCAGAAAAAGCUCCCAAACCUCUCCUUUCCUCCUCAUUUUCUUUCCUUCCAAAUUUCAAGAACCUGAAACCCCUCAACCCUUCCCUUCCACCGCUAUUUCUUCCUUAAUUAAUUCUUUGACACCUUCAUUUCAAAUUCUUUAAAGGAAUUAUAUUUCUAUUCGAAACCAAUGGCAGCUGCAUCCCCAGAAUACCAAAUGAAUAAUCAAAGAACAUGGCCUUGUAAAUCUGACAAUGGUCCUCGUUUCACCUCCUUUUCAUUCCAAUCAACAAAACAAACCACAAUUAAUAAGCCAAGAACAAACAACCCCACAAUUAGUAAGCCAAGAACAAGCAACCCCACAAUUAAUAAGCCAAGAACAAACAACCCCACAAUUAAUAAUCAUAAUUUCCAAUUGAAUCCAAAAAAUCGAGAUUUCUCACAACUACCUGAUGAUGUGUUAUUGAAAAUUGCAGCUACUUUCACAUUGCCAAAUUUACGUGCAGCAUCACAAGUAUGUAAGUCUUGGUGUGAUGGGUUAAGACCAUUAAGAGAAGCAAUGUUGUUUUUGAAAUAUGGGAAGAGGUUUAAGCAUGGACGUGGUGGGGUUAAGGUUAAUUUGAAUAAGGCACUUGAGUCUUUCCUUAAAGGUGCAGCUCGUGGUUCAACUUUGGCUAUGGUUGAUGCUGGUUUGGUAUAUUGGGAAAUGGGGAGAAAGGAACAAGGGAUUUCUUUUUAUAGAAAAGCAGCUGUACUUGGUGAUCCUGCUGGUCAGUGUAAUUUGGGCAUUUGCCUCUUGCAAGCUAAUCCUCCGGACAGUGAGGAGGCUAUUAAAUGGCUGUACAAAGCUUCCGUUGGAGGCUAUGUUCGAGCUCAGUACCAACUUGCCCUUUGUUUACAUAAAGGUCGUGGCCCCAGUAGGAAUCUUCAGGAAGCGGCAAGGUGGUAUCUGAAGGCAGCGGAAGGUGGAUACAUCCGUGCUAUGUACAACAUAGCAAUGUGCUACUCAGUUGGAGAAGGUUUAGUUCAGUCUCACAAAUUAGCAAGGAAAUGGAUGAAGAGAGCAGCUGAUCGAGGGCAUAGCAAAGCCCAGUUUGAGCAUGGACUCAGUCUAUUUUCCGAAGGGAACAUGACGAAAGCGGUGGUGUAUUUGGAGCUUGCGACUCGUGCUGGUGAGACAGCAGCUGAUCAUGUAAAGUAUGUUAUACUUCAAGAGAUGUCCAAUACUUCUCGUGACAGAGCCAUGCUUCUUGCUGAUAAUUGGCGUCCUUUGCCUUCUGCAUCCCGCUGAUUGAUUUUCCUUUUUUUUUUUUUUUUUCAAGCCUUAAUGCUGCCUAAGCAUAUUUUCUCUAGCAUGCUACUUUUGAACUUGCUUCAAAUAUGAAGUGUAAAUAUCCACAGCUUCUCUUGUAAAUAAGUUUUUGCUUUAAAUGUCACCAUUUCUUUUAUGGUU